AUGUCACACUCACAGCGUGUCGUUAUCAUCGGUGCCGGAAUUGUCGGCACCAAUCUCGCAGAUGAGCUGGUCUCCCGUGGAUGGACGGAUAUCACCGUCGUCGAGCAGGGCCCGUUGUACAUGCCCGGCGGAUCCACAUCACACGCCCCCGGCCUCGUGUUCCAGACUACCUCCUCCAAGACGAUGACGAAUUUUGCACGAUAUACCGUUGAGAAGCUCCAAUCCAUUGAGAAGGAUGGCCAGAAUUGCUUUAAUCAAGUUGGUGGUCUUGAGGUGGCGACAACGCCGGCACGGUUGGAAGACCUCAAGCGAAAGCAUGGUUAUACUUCCUCUUGGGGUAUUGAGGCUCGCCUCGUCAGUGCGGAGGAGUGUCUCAAGCUAUAUCCUCAUUUGAACAAGGACGUGGUGCUUGGAGGUCUACACAUUCCCAGCGAUGGCCUGGCACUUGCUGCUCGUGCGACCCAGCUGCUCAUUGAACGAACCCGCGAUGCCGGUGUCAAAUAUCUCGAAUCAACACCCGUGACAGGCAUCGAACGAGCAAAUGGACGAGUGACCGGAGUGACGAUACCCAAUGGCAGCAUUGCGGCUGAUAUCGUCGUCUCCUGUGCCGGCUUCUGGGGCGUGGAACUCGGCGCCAUGGUCGGCUUGUCCAUUCCUCUACUGCCGCUCGCUCAUCAAUACGCCAAAACAACACCCGUGCCAUCCCUCGUGGGCAGGGAUCUCAACAAGAAAAUCAAUGGGAAGAAUGCCGAACUCCCAAUUCUUCGACACCAAGACCAGGACCUAUACUACCGCGAGCACGGCGACCAAUAUGGUAUCGGAUACUAUGGCCACCGACCGAUGCCCGUCAAGGCCUCGUCAUUAGGCCUCACUUCGAAGAAUGUCGAUGAGAAGAAUAUGCCGUCUCGGCUGGAGUUCACUGCAGAGGACUUUGACCCUGCUUGGAGGGAAACACAACGGCUCUUGCCCAUGCUACGAGACACUGAAAUCGCGGACGGGUUCAAUGGUAUCUUUUCGUUUACCCCCGAUGGAGGACCUAUCGUUGGACAAGCACCCAACCUGGACGGAUUCUGGGUCGCCGAGGCUGUGUGGGUUACACACUCUGCAGGUGUUGCUCGUGCGGUCGCCGAAGUCCUCACCACCGGCCGCUCGCAGAUUGACAUCACCGAGUGCGAACUGUCUCGGUUUGAAGAAGUCCAGUUGAGCCAAGAGUACAUCGAAGAAACAUCAUCCCAGAACUUCGUCGAGAUCUACGAUAUCCUGCAUCCAUCUCAACCCAAAGAAUCCCCCCGCCAGCUGCGAACCAGCCCAUUCUAUGCCCGGGAGAAAGAGUUGGGUGCUUACUUCCUCGAGCUUGGUGGCUGGGAGCGUCCCUUCUGGUACGAGUCAAACAAGGAACUACUCAACUACCUGCCCCCGAAAUGGAAGCCCGUCGAGCGCGACGCCUGGUCAGCACAGUUCUACUCCCCCAUCGUCGCAGCCGAAGCAUGGAAGACACGCAACGCCGUGGCCAUGUUCGACAUGACCUCCUUCCACAGAUUCGAGGUAUCCGGGCCUGGCGCCCUAGACCUCCUCCAGCGCCUCAGCACAGCCGACGUCAACACCAAACCCGGCACAAUCACCUACGCCCUCAUGCUAAACGACCAAGGCGGUAUCCGCAGCGACAUCUUCAUCUCCAGACUGGAAGAGAACCUCUUCCAAAUCGGCGCCAACACAGCCACCGACCUGGCUUAUCUCUCCCGCGAAGCCCGCCACCACAGCCAGAAGGGGAACUUCGUCCAAGUCCGUGAAAUCACCGGCAGCACCUGCUGCAUCGGACUCUGGGGCCCGCGCGCCCGAGACGUCAUCAACGAGAUCACCACGGACGACUUCUCCAACAAGGGUCUCCCGUAUUUCGGCGUGAAACAGGCUACUAUCAACGGUAUCCCCGUGACUGCAUUCCGCAAGUCCUAUGUCGGCGAACUGGGCUGGGAAAUCCAGACAACAGCCGAGUACGGCCAACGUCUCUGGGAUAUAAUCUUCCAAGCAGGCAAGAUCCACGGUCUUAUAGCCGCGGGUCGAGGCGCUUUCAAUGCCCUGCGACUGGAGAAGGGAUACCGCACCUACGGCACGGACAUGAACACGGAGCAUAACCCGUACGAAGCCGGCGUGGCGGGCGCGGUUAGGGCAAGCAAGUGGGAGGAUUACGUGGGAAAGGCUGCCCUCGAGCGCAUCCCUUCGAAGCAGAAACCCUCCCGGCGUCUGCGCUGUCUCACCGUCAACGAUGGCCGGUCUAUGGUUCUUGGCAAGGAGCCUGUGUUUUACAAUGGCAAGGCUGUUGGGUAUGUGACCAGCUCGGCGUUUGGGUUUACCGUUCGCAAGCCCAUCGCGUAUGCCUGGCUGCCUGGUAACUUGGAUGAAGGUGCGGGUGUUGAGAUUGAGUACUUUGGUCGACGGAUUAAGGCUACUGUUGUGGCUGAGCCGCUGUAUGAUCCUGAUAACAAGCGUCUUCUUGCUGAUGGAUUGUCGGAUGACUCGGAGCUGAAGACGCCUGUAAAGUCCCGUCUGUGA